CAAAGGAAAUUUCAAAGUUGAUAAUAAUUAAAAAUAAUCUUGUGUUUUUUUGUCCUCUAAAUAAACUGUUUCUUGAUCCUUAAAAACAGCAACAACAAAGUUAAAACGAGAGACAAAGAGAGUGGAGUGGGCGGAGCUUGUUUCUAUGGCAACCGUACAACAUGGGGAGAGAGUGAGUGAGUGGAAGAGAAACGAGGAGAGAAAAGAAGUGACGAAGGACAAGGAGAAGAAGGAGACGUCCAUCUGAUCUAAAGGAACUCCUGCGGCCAAUGGCUUGUUUUCGUGGCAACCGUGAAGAAUUCUACGGUGAAGUCCUCCUGCUGGACGACACGAAAAUCACACUGAAGCCAGAGCAAGGAAUGAAAAAGUCGACGAAGGUGUCGGCCAUCUUGGAACAAGUGUUCUGCCACCUGAAUGUGGUCGAUGUCAAGUUCUUUGGUCUGAGGUUCUGUGACAAGAAACAACAUACGAACUGGUUGGAUACUUCCAAGACUCUGUCACAACAUCGCAGCCUGCCUGGGCCUCCGUACAUUUUUUAUUUCGGUGUCAAAUUUUAUGCCAAAGAUCCGGUGAAGCUCAAAGAUGAAGGAACACGACGUCAGUUUUACCUGCAGCUUCGUCAGGACAUUCGCAGGAGAUGUCUCCUCGUCCCCUACUACCUCAGACCUCGACUCUUCGCCCUGAUGAUGCAAGUGGAGCUGGGAGACUUCACCGACGGAGAAAUGGUCGAGACGGAAGAAAACCGCGAAACACUGGUCAUCUACAAGUCCAUGAGAGGUGUCUCUCGCCCUCAGGCUGAAAGCCUCUUCCUGGCUCUGAGCAGCUCUCUGCCGAUGUACGGAGUCUCACUCUUCAACGCAUACGGGGGAAACCAGUCGGAGUACUUCCUGGGUCCGAGUCCUGUCGGCAUCGACGUCUACAAGAACAGAGCGUUGGUGGGAAAAUAUCUGUGGCAGAAAAUCACCAAACUGCACUUCAAGAACGACACGUUUGAGCUGAGAGUGGCCGGAAAACAGGACUCAGAAACAACAUUCUUCUUUCACUCACCAGAAUGUAAACGUUUGUGGAAAACCUGUGUUGAACAUCAUGUUUUUUUCAGGAUGUCAGAGUCCGACCCCCCCAGACUGACACACAGCAGCGUCACGUCUUCGCCCGCUCUGUCUCUUCCUCGACUCAACGUCAGCCUGCGACGACACAGAAGUGACGCCAACACAACAACAACAACAACAACAGCAACAAAAGAAGCUAAGAACACAACAGAGAGUGAAGGCAGUAAACCAGUGAAGAAACUGACAGCGCCACCUGCUGUUGACAGGUUAGAAGGAUGA